AUGGGCUGCAGCACCUCCCUGACAACAAGUGAUGGGCUGCAGCACCUCCUGACAACAAGUGAUGGGCUGCAGCACCUCCUGACAACAAGUGAUGGGCUGCAGCACCUCCUGACAACAAGUGAUGGGCUGCAGCACCUCCUGACAACAAGUGAUGGGCUGCAGCACCUCCUGACAACAAGUGAUGGGCUGCAGCACCUCCUGACAACAAGUGAUGGGCUGCAGCACCUCCUGACAACAAGUGAUGGGCUGCAGCACCUCCUGACAACAAGUGAUGGGCUGCAGCACCUCCUGACAACAAGUGAUGGGCUGCAGCACCUCCUGACAACAAGUGGUGGGCUGCAGCACCUCCUGACAACAAGUGAUGGGCUGCAGCACCUCCUGACAACAAGUGGUGGGCUGCAGCACCUCCUGACAACAAGUGAUGGGCUGCAGCACCUCCUGACAACAAGUGAUGGGCUGCAGCACCUCCUGACAACAAGUGAUGGGCUGCAGCACCUCCUGACAACAAGUGAUGGGCUGCAGCACCUCCUGACAACAAGUGAUGGGCUGCAGCACCUCCUGACAACAAGUGAUGGGCUGCAGCACCUCCUGACAACAAGUGGUGGGCUGCAGCACCUCCUGACAACAAGUGAUGGGCUGCAGCACCUCCUGACAACAAGUGGUGGGCUGCAGCACCUCCUGACAACAAGUGAUGGGCUGCAGCACCUCCUGACAACAAGUGAUGGGCUGCAGCACCUCCUGACAACAAGUGAUGGGCUGCAGCACCUCCUGACAACAAGUGAUGGGCUGCAGCACCUCCUGGCAACAAGUGGAUGGGCUGCAUGCAUCUGA